AUGGUGGCACGUCGCGAGUCCCGCGGAACGUGGAAUGAGCUGCCGAAACGAAGCAGGACAAGCCGUCCAAACAAUCCGUCUGGAACGAGAGGGGAGCUGCGGGAAACCAGCACAACGGGGAAUCAAGAGUCUUCCCCUGAGAGAGACGUUUACGAGCUUAUGAAAGCUCUACUUAAGAAAAAGACUCUUUCGCGACAAGAUCUUAAGUUAAUCCUUAAAUGGGCGCCGGUUAAGAUCCCCGCGGUGGCUGCUUCUUCUAUUUUUACGGAUGAACUUUGGGACGAUGUGGGGGUCAAGUUAUGGGACGCAGCCACCUCAGGAGAUGAGAAGCGCACCGCCGCCGCGGCGGGAAACGAUCGUGAGGCGGGAAAAUGGGGGAGAAAUGGGGGUGGGAGGAAGAGGAGGGGCCGGGGGGGCGGUUUGGGGAGGGGGGACACGGGUUUUGGGGUAAAAAGGGGGGGAUUUGGGAAUUUGGCGCCUUUUGGGGAACUUCGGGUGGGUUCAGGUCCCUUCGGUGUCAUUCGGGCCCCUUCGGGUGCGUUCGGCUCCACUCGGGUCCCUUCGGGUGCGUUCGGCUCCCCUCGGGUCCCUUCGGGUGUGUUCGGGUCCCUUCGGGUGCGUUCGGCUGCACUCGGGUCCCUUCGGGUGGGUUCGGGCCCCUUCGGGUGCGUUCGGCUCCACUCGGGUCCCUUCGGGUGCGUUCGGUUCCACUCGGGUCCCUUCGUGCGCGUUCGGCUCCACUCGGGUCCCUUCGGGUGGGUUCGGGUCCCUUCGGGUGCGUUCGGCUCCAGUCGGGUCCCUUCGGGAAGACUUCGGGUCUCUUCGGGUGUGUUCGGGUCCCUUCGGCUGCACUCGGGUCCCUUCGGGUGCGUUCGGCUGCACUCGGGUCCCUUCGGGUGCGUUCGGCUCCACUCGGGUCCCUUCGUGCGCGUUCGGCUCCACUCGGGUCCCUUCGGGUGGGUUCGGGUCCCUUCGGGUGCGUUCGGCUCCAGUCGGGUCCCUUCGGGAAGACUUCGGGUCUCUUCGGGUGCGUUCGGGUCCCUUCGGGUGCGUUCGGCUCACUCGGGUCCCUUCGGGAAGACUUCGGGUCCCUUCGGGAAGACUUCGGGUCCCUUCGGGAAGACUUCGGGUCCCUUCGGGUGGGUUCGGGUCCCUUCGGGUGCGUUCGGCUCCACUCGGAUCCCUUCGGGAAGACUUCGGGUCCCUUCGGGUGUGUUCGGGUCCCUUCGGGUGCGUUCGGCUGCACUCGGGUCCCUUCGGGAAGACUUCGGGUCCCUUCGGGUGCGUUCGGCUCCACUCGGGUCCCUUCGGGAAGACUUCGGGUCCCUUCGGGUGCGUUCGGCUCCGCUCGGGUCCCUUCGGGUGUGUUCGGGUCCCUUCGGGUGCGUUCGGCUCCACUCGGGUCCCUUCGGGAAGACUUCGGGUCCCUUCGGUUCUGAGGUGAUUUGUGUCGCUGCCGGCGGGGCAGGAUGGCGGCUGCGGACAUCGAGGUGCUGCUGGGCGUGGGCGGGGCUGGCGCUGGCCCGCAGCCAAUGGCUGCGCUGGGAGGGGCUGUGGGCGGGGCUGCAGGAGCUGCUGCGCCGGGACCCGCCGAGAUUCCGGAAACUGGAAGAAACCCUCGUGUUGUCUCAACUGCGCCAGGGGGACCCCCCGAUGACGUCACUGCCCCCCCCAGGGGACCCCGCCCCUUUUCGCCACCUCAUCCUUCCCGCCCUCGAGCUCCAUUUAAGGCAAAAAGCCGCCAGAUUGGCCGAUUACUACGGGGGCGGAGCCUCUGAGCAGCCAAUUGGAAGUGGUGCCGUCCACAGCCCCCCAAGGGACGUUGCCCAGGCGCUGGCCAAUGAGAUGCAGCGCCUAUGCCACGCCCACCGCCGAGGCCACGCCCUCCGGAAUCAGCUUUCCUGCCAUCGGCGCCUCCUCCCCCAGGUCCUGGGGCGCAUCGCGGCCGCCUUGGGGCGCCUGGCCGGCUUCUCGGCCGCCUGGGCGCAGCGGGACCAGCACCGGGGGCGUUACCUGGAGGCCAGGGGCGUGGCCCUGCUGCUCAAGAUCCGGUUGGAGGAGCUGAGGGUGCUGCUGGACACGUACUCGCCCGGCGUGGUGGACGCGCAUCGGAGGAUCAGGUCUCUCCUCCAAUCAGAAUCCUCCGUCGCCGCCGCCGAGUCCUCCCGCCUGCGGGGGGCGCUCUCCUCCUUCCGCGCCCUGGGUCCCGGGUUCGAGGCCCAGGCGCGGGACUACGGGCGGCUACGCCAGCGCCUGCGCCACCGCCGCUGGGCCCUGCGCCAGCUCCGCCCCCCGAGCCCCGCCCCCUCCUCCUGACCCCGCCCCCUCCUCCUGACCCCGCCCCCACCCCGUUUUCACCCCUAAAAUUAAACACUUUGGGCAAAA